AUGCCGAGCGAUAGUGAAAUAAUUGAAGCAGUACUCAACGGCAAUAAUAUCGAAGAAGAGGAGGAGGAGUAUAACGAAAGUAUUUCUCAUAAUAAAGUUAUCAGUAACAUCAAUAAUAUUCUCCGUUUUACCACUAAAUCAAACAAUGACGUUAAG